AUGCCGACUCUAGAAGAGACGGUGACGGACAAUGAACACCAAGACAGUUCUGCGAUCGCCGAAGGUGAGGCCUCUGGUCGUCAUCCGCGUGUCCCUCCAAACCCAGCUUCAGUCAAGAUCAAUGUGGAAGGCGCAUUCAUCGUCGACGACGAGAUGAAUCUCCGUAAUGGCACUGCAAAUGAGCAUGAACAUGUCCAUUGGGAACAUAAGGACAUCCGUCUCCCACAUCAUACAGAUGUGGUGAGUCAUGUUGCUCUUGAUAUUGGCGGCUCUCUAGCGAAGCUGGUCUACUUCUCCCGCGAGCCAGGCUCAACGCACGGCGGCGGACGACUGAACUUCCUCAACUUCGAAACGGACCGGAUAGAUUUGUGCAUUGACUUUAUUCAAGAAUUGAAGAAGACGCAGUCUAGGCUUAAUGGGUCGACUCCGCAGGAAUUGUGUGUUAUGGCAACAGGAGGUGGCGCAUACAAAUUCUACAACCGGAUGAAGGAGCUGCUACACGUGGAUGUAGUUCAAGAAGACGAGAUGGAGUGCCUCAUCAUUGGGUUAGAUUUCUUCAUUACAGAAAUCCCACGCGAGGUGUUCACAUACAGUGAAGAGGAGCCAAUGCAGUUCGCCGAGGCUCGCGCAGACAUAUACCCAUAUCUCUUGGUCAAUAUCGGAUCUGGUGUCUCGAUGGUCAAGGUCUCUGGACCUCGAGAGUUUCAGCGCGUGGGCGGGACAUCCUUGGGAGGCGGAACAUUCUGGGGUAUUCUGUCCCUUCUCACUGGAGCCCGCACAUUUGAUGAGAUGCUCCGCCUGGCGGAAAUGGGCGACAACAGUGGCGUCGAUAUGCUUGUGGGUGAUAUCUAUGGCGGAGGAUACAGUAAAAUUGGGCUUAAAAGCACCACUAUUGCGAGCACGUUCGGGAAAGUAUUUCGAAUGAAGAGGUUGGCCGAACGGCACGCAGAAGAUGGCGAGGGGUUGUUCAACGGCGAUGGUCAGGGCGAGGACCAUGACAUGUUGCGAGGGUUCAAAAUCGAAGACAUGGCCAGAAGUUUACUAUACGCGAUCUCGAACAACAUUGGCCAGAUUGCUUACCUCCAGUCGGAGAAGCACAACCUCCAGCACAUUUAUUUUGGGGGUUCUUUCAUUCGAGGCCACACCCAGACGAUGAACACUCUUUCUUACGCCAUCAAAUUUUGGUCCAAAGGCGAGAAACAAGCUUACUUCCUGCGGCACGAAGGAUACCUUGGCGCUGUUGGAGCAUUUCUCAAGCGACAACCGAAAAAUUGGGGCAGGCGCAACAGCUUCGAGGAUAUCAGACUCGGCAAAGUGUUGUCGAGAGAGUAG